AUGCGUCCAUCAAUCUUCGUGUCCGCGGCAUUGUUCUGUCUGUCAGCUUGUGGCAAUGCUGUGAAAGCAGACGCGGGCCUCGGGAACCCCGUGGCGUCUAGCGGGGCCUUGCCAGCUUCGCACGACGACGCUGUCGCUGAUGCCGAUGCGAACACCGAAAAACGCUUCCGUCUGGCGCGUAACAAGGACCUAAAAUCUGAGGAUGGUUCGCUGGACGGCAAACCCGAUGCCACAAUUGUCGUGCCCGACGCUCGACCCCAUGCGACAAAAUCUCGUGACGUCGAGUUCAAUUUUGACUCCAGUGACUCCAUUAGCUCCUCAAGCGACGACCCCGCCAUCUACGUCCCCAGCAGGGACAGUAUCAGUAGCUCGGAUGUAGGCGCAUAUGCCAAGUAUAACGGUGCUUUUCAUGAACACUUCAGCAUCAGGGAAAAGAUUAAGUACAGCUACAAGUUCUAUGUCGAUCAUCGGACUCGUACACAAACGCAGGUCAUAAUCAGCCAGAUCAAGAAAAGAGGAAGAGAAGCUGAUAAUGACGAACUCAAAAGUCAAGAGGGCUACAUCAAGUUUCUGGACUCAAAGUGCGCCCUCCCAAAAAAGAAACACGCGCUGGCUUGUGCUUAG